GUAUCCUAAAUCUUAACAACUUUAUGACUCCUCCAUCCUUACCCCAAGAAAUGAUUUCCUUUCACAGGGACCGUUCACAAAUGCUAAUGGACGCACGGUUUUCCCCACAACAGGUAGAGUGCAUUGUGAAAUGUAAAUGAGAUAUGUCACUUUCCCCGCCCUCCGCUUCUUGUGGCUUCCAUCUCACUCAGGAUGAAAUCCAGAGUCCUUACCUGUGCCAUCCGUGUCCACCAGGGCUGGGGCUGCUGCUGCCUCUCCACCUUCUUGCCCACUCUCCUUCUUGUCCACUCUACUGCAGCCACAAUGGCCUCCUUGCUGUUUCUUGCACUUGCCAAGCACUUGGCUUCAAUAACGAUCCUUUCAGGCCCCUGCUUUGCCUGGAGAACUUUUGUUCCCCUUUUCUCUGUAAGAGUUACAUUCCUGGUGACCACGAUUUGCCAGGGGACCCAUGUGGAGUCCAAGGCUUCCACACUGUUCACUGUUUCCACAUUCCUGUUUGGAAUAGAUUCCAUGGAGGUGUUUCUUGUAUUCCUAUGCAUUUUUCCCCCUAUUAUUUUGUAUUUAUUAUUGUUACGUGCUUGGAGAAGAGAGGUGCAUCUUCAUGGGGACAUCAAAAAGGAAAGCCUUUAAGUCUAUAAUUUUUCUUUUAUGUGUCGAUAGUUUUGGGCUACAUUUUCCUUUUACAUAAUGCAUAAUUUCAAUUUUGAUUUUUUUCUAAGAUUUCAUAGAAGACCUAGGAGAUAUCUUGUUAAUUAUGAAUUUAUUAAUGGCUUUUAUUUUUAUUUUUUAAUUUUUAUUUUUUUAGAGAAAGAGAGUGCGAGCAGGGAUAGGGGCAGAGGGAGAGAGAGAGGAUCUUAAACAGGUCCCACACCCAAUGUGGAGCCUGAGGCGGGGCUCAAUCCCAAGAGCCUGGGAUCAUAACUUGAGCCAAAAUCAAGAGUUGGAUGCUUAACAGACUGAGCCACCAGGUGACCCAAAUUUAUUAAUGACUUUUAAAAAUGGCUAUUUUUCCCAUCGAUUUCUAGUUUUUGUAUUAUUAUUAGAGAUUAUGGCCUAUAAAGUUCUCCUCAUAUUUGCAAGCUCAAAAGGAAAAAAAGUAUAAUGUCAAAAGCUAAGGAAUAAAGUUCUGUAAUUAUUAACUAAAAUUUUGUUGACACAUUAUUCAAAUCCUCUAUAUUAUUUUUAAAUAAUUAAAAAAUUUUUAAAUGUUUAAAUAAUUUAAAAAAUCUAUUUGAUCCAUCAACUUCUGAAAUAAAUGUAGUAAAACUUGCAUCACAUAUAUACAUUUUCAAAUUCUUCUUGCCUUGUUAGGAGUUUUCUGAGGGCACCAGGGUGGGUCAGUGGGUUGAGUGUCCAACUCUUGAUUUUGGCUCAGGUCAUGAACUCGAGGUUUGUGAGUUUGAGCCCUGCGACGGGCUCCGCAAUGACGGUGGAGAUCCUGCUGGGGAUUCUCUGUCUCCCUCUCACUCUGCCCCUCCCCUACGUGCUCUCUAUCUCUGUCUCUCAAAAUAAAUACAUGUUUUUUAAAAAUUUAAAAAGUUAGGGAGUGCCUGGGUGGCUCAGUUGGUUGGGCAUCCAACUUCGGCUCAGGUCAUGAUCUUAUAGUUUGUGGGUUCCAGCCCCAUGUUGGGCUCUGUCGAGCUGACAGCUCGGAGCCUGGACCCUGCUUUGGAUUCUGUGUCUCCCUCUCUCUCUGUUCCUCCUCCUGCUCACACUCUGUCUCUUUCUCAAAAAUAAAGAUUAAAAAAUUUUUAAAAAAAAUUUAAAAAGUUAGGAAUUUUGUUUGAUGCAAGUUGUCUGCUGUAUCACAUAUUGUGUCAAGUUUUAUGACUGUUACUUCUUCUUUGUGGAGUGCAUCUUUUGUUACCACACAGUAUUCUUCUUUGUCUUGUUGAACACAGUUGUCCUUGAAUUUGCUUUGUUUGACAUUGCCACUCUUGCUUUCUUUUUGCUCACCUUUUCACAGUCUAUUGUUAGCUAGCUCUUUAUUUUUAACCUUUUUCUUGUAAAAAAAAUGUAUGUUUUAUUUAAAUAAUCCACAGUUAGAUUUUAUUCUUUUAUUCUUUUUAUAUUGUUAUUAUUUUUUUAAGUAGACUUCAUGCCCAGCGUGCAGCUCAACGUGGGGCUUGAACUCAUGACCCUGAGAUCCAGACCUGAGCUGAGAUCAAGAGUCAGAUGCUUAAACCGACUAAGCCAUCCAGCUGCCCCUAGAUUUUAUUUUUUGACCACGUCUGGAAGCCUCAGAUUUUCAGCAGGGGAAUUCUGUUCAUGUUUUUUGUGUUAACGAACAUACUUAGGGUUUAGGGUUUCAGUGUUAUUUUGUGUUUGUUACCUAUAUCAGUUAAUGAUGUGCUUGGCUUUACCUAAUGGAGCACCUAGCAAAUAGUUGCUUCAUUAAAUAACUAUUUCUUGUUUAUAUGAUCACAUUUCAUUUGAUAAUGAUAGAACUGUAUUCUUUGAAGUUCCUUACUUGCCUGCAGUGGCCAGGCUGGAGAUGUGCUGCACGGGUUAGUAUUGGUGUAUCUGCUCAACAGAAUCAUGAAGGCCCCGAAUCCUCUCUUUCUCCUUGCUUGCCCUUAGCUUGUGGCUUUCUUCCUCCUAGAGACAAAAGUCUUCCAGCUGUCCCUGGCCUCACCUCUUCAUUCCAGGGAGGAGGAGGGAGGAAAGGGUGAAGGGGUUUCUUCCAAAGAGUCUUCCCCUUUUGUUCCGAGGGGGAAAGCCCUUUGCUCAGACUUCUGCUUACGUCCACUUUGCCAGAAACAGGGACAUUUGCUCUCUUCUAGAUCGAUCGCUCACCAGUUUUACUUGUCCUUUGAGGCCGGCGUAGAAACAUGCCUCUCCCAAAGCUGAGAGAUGUCUGUAACACCCUGAGCAGAUCGGGGUUUUCUGAUGCAGGGAGGAAGGUGGGGGUGGGGUGGGCAGUGGUCAGGAACUGACGGUGCCUGCUGUAACAGCUGCAUAGUUUUUGUUGUUUUCUCUUGUCCCUUUACAUAUUUUCAUAAGAUCGGUAGGCCUCUUAUCAUUUAUUUCCCCCCACUAUUAAUUUAGAAGAUGUAUGGGGCGCCUGGGUGGCGCAGUUGGUUAGGCGUCGGACUUCGGCUCAGGUCAUGAUCUCACAGUUUGUGAGUUUGAGCCCCGCGUCGGGCUCUGUGCCGACAGCUCAGAGCCUGGAGCCUGCUUCGGAUUCUGUGUCUCCUUCUGUCUCUGCCCUGCCCAUGCUCACGCUCUCUCUCUCUCCCCAAAAUAAAUAAACAUUAAAAAAAAAUUUAAGAAGAUUUAUAAUUUUAAUAGCGGUUGCCUCCCUGUUUCAACCAGUCAUAAUUAAGCCUGUGUUUCUCUAUUACAAUAUUUCUUUCAACGUGCAGAAAAAUGACAGUGCCCUCCUGUAUCAGGGAAUUAAUGCUGCCCUCGGUAAUAGAUAAACGCUGAAAUUUCAGCGAAUUAAGUGAGGAAGCUUUAUUUCUUGAUGUGGAUGAGGUAACUCUUCUGUGUCAUUGGCUUUCAAACAUGGACUCGUGGAUCAGGCUGCUUUUUUCUCGCGAUGCCACCAUCUUGGAUGAAAUGGGUGGAUGAGAGACAACGAGGAAAAGACAUACCAGUUGCAAAAGCCACAGCCUGAGAGCAUACAAAUCAGAUCCCCUGACAUUCAUAGACUAGAAUUCCUUCACAUGGCCACAUGGAGCUGAAGGGGAGCUGAGAAAAGUAGUCAGCUGGUGGGUUCAGGGAAGGGAAAUAGGGUGCCAGACAGCACGGCCGUUGUCAUAGAUUGUCAUUCUGGUCCCUCACACAUUGUGUUCUCCUCUUCCAUGUAAAUACACUCACCAUCUCCUUAAUGGGGACACCCCCAAGUCGCAGGCAGUCACUGCAUCCAGCCCAAAGUCCACAGUCUGCAUGGAUUCUGCAUUAAUCUCUAGAAUGUCUGGAUGUGGCUGAAAAGACAUGUUACCUAAACAACCCCACCCCCACCCCCACCCCAUAUGACACAGUGCACAGCAGUAGAGCAGGUCCACUAUGGAAAAGAAGAGAAUGUGAGCCUCACUCAGUCAUUAGUUGAUAGCAUUCCUGAAGUCCUGCUAGUCAGGCACUGUGAAGUUCUCCUGUCCUGGCAGUGAGGGGACAGCCUUGAAUGAGGGUAAGACUGUGCCCUAGAGGAGGCCCCUCCUUGUUCAUUGUCCCCCUUGGCUUCAUCUGAAUGAGUGUUGAGGACCACGCCCUCCUUGGAUCAGGAUACCCUUUGAAAUCUGCCUCCCAUUCAUUCAUGGAGGUUGGGUACCCAAAGGUUGCUGAAGUCUUGAAUAAUCGAAGGCUUUUUUGUUUUAGUUCAGGCUCAAAAACUUAGUAGGCUUCUGAUCUGUUUGCUUCCAUGUCCCGGGAACAACAUCUAAAAUUCUUUUCUAGACAUAUUUUGCAAGCUGACUGUAAUUCUCUGCUUCUUUUCCCCUAUACCUCUACUUGCAACCGAAGGGCAUCUAUCUUAGGCUCUUUGAAAAGUAAGUGGGAAGCAUUGCACUCUUCAUGCGUUUGUGUUAGCCUGGCUCCUCCGAGGAGUUAGAGACAGGGAUGGGGUUACACACACAAGGGUUUUAUUCAGGAAACGCCUGUGGGGGGAAAGGGGAAGAGUGCUGGAGGAGUGUGGGAGAGCCAUCACCCUGCAGCACAAGUCUGACCUUGAGUGAAGGAGGCAGGGAAGGCAGAUGAGGGGACGAGGUGUUCUAGGCAGCCAUGCAGCCCAAGGGAAGCUUGUCCAGGCCGCAUGGAAGCUGCCCAUCCGAAGGGUCUGGUGUCCCCUAGGAAUGGGCCCACCAUGCUGAGUCAAAGACUGGGGCCACCUCUGGGAAGCACGGCCAUGGGCAAACACAAGAGCACAGGGACUGUACUGUUUGCUCAGUUAUGCUAUCUGUAGUUGGAUGUCUGCGGAGCACAUUCUCAUGGCCACCUGUACCUUAGGUCACUUUAUUCACCUUAGAAGUUUUAUUAGGCUCUGUCAUGCAAAACUUAAAAAAAAAAAAAAUCCCAUCUCUUGUAAUUUGGGCCCUAGAAAGAGGUGGCUUUUCCAGUCCUACAAAGUCCCAAAUUUCUAUAUUCUCUCUAUUCUCUUUCAUUUUGAUUUGCCAAGCAGUCAAUCCUUUCUCGAACUCCUUUCUUUCUCUUAACACCUUGCUGAACACAGCUGCUAGCAACCAACACCCGCUCUCAAUGUUCUGUUUUCUAGCGUCUUCCUUAGAGUGGCAAGGUCAGAAGGUACGAGGGUCUGCCUUUCCAGUUACAGCAUCUGACAAUUUGAUCAAGUGUUUUGCCCUUGCAUAGCAUGGAUCUCUGGCCAUCCAUUCAGCCUGCUGCUGAAUGCCAGCAACCUGCUAAGGCAAUGGCAUUACAUAGUUUACAUUUCUGUGUCAGCACUACCCCGCUUUGGGGACAGAUUUGCAUUUUAGUCACGGGAAUCGUUGGGGUCUGUUGCCGCCGGCAAACUAAGAAAUCUCAGUGGCUUAAAACCACACGGGUUUAUUUCUUCCUCACGUUACAGGCUGAUGUGGGUCAGGGGCCUAGUGUCUUCAUCUUGCAACACUAUCUCCGUCCCCCGUUUCCAGCCAGUGGACGGGAGGGAGAGAGAGGAAGGACUGGUGCGCUGUCUGCUGAAGAUCUCAGAGGGGCUCGGCCUCCAACACCAGUUCCAGCCUUGGGCACCGGCUUUGGCAGCUGUGAUGCUCCCCAGCAGGGGCGGGAGGGAGAGAGGGAGGUGGCAUUGCACUCGGGCCGGCCGGUAUCUCUCCGGAAUGCCUUUGUCGAUGACACUGCUCUGUAGAGAGGUGUGAAGGUUGUGCUCCGUCGGCCAACCUAGCUCCUCCCGUACUAAUUGGGACUCAGACCUGUUUCUUCUUCCUUCCUGGUGCCUCCUUCUGCUGUGAGGCAGCGAGUGACAAGCACAUCCAGUGGCUCCUGGGGGCAGAUGGUGAAGUCUGGGUCUGGAUCAUGGGAGAAGGCCCUGGCGACAAGCCCUAUGAAGAGAUCUCUGAGGAGCUGAUUGCGGAGAGGGCGCGGCUGCAGGCACAGAGGGAGGCCGAGGAGCUCUGGAGACAGAAGGAGGCAGAAAUCACCAAGAAGUUUCGGGAUGCGCUGGCCAAUGAGAAAGCCCGGAUCCUGGCGGAGAAGUGGAAAGUGGAGACGGAAGACCGUAAGGCUGCCAAAGUCCUGGAGGAGCGCAUCCACGAGGAAUUCAAGAGGAAAGAGGAAGAGGAGCGGAAGCGGGGAGAGGAGCAGAUUCGCCUCCAGGAAGAGCAGAGGGCGAAGGAACUCUACUGGACCCUGAAGCAGGCCCAGCUGCAGAGCCACGCCAGCGAGAAGGAGGAGCGCGAGUGGGAGGAGCAGCUGCGCCGGUCCAAGGCUGCUGAUGAAGAGAGGAGUCGCAGAGCCCAGCGCGCCAGGGACGAGUACCGGCGCCACUCACUCCGUGCCAUCCAGAAGGGCACCGUCGCUGGCCUCAGCUCCAUGUUCCGAGAGCUUGGCCAGAGCCAGGAGCAGGAGGCCAGACUUGACCACCACCUUCCUGGCGCAGGGCCACCGCCACCCCUUGCCGUACCUGUCAGCAGGACUUGGGAGCGCCCACGGAGACCUGUCUCCAGGGAAGUCAUAGUCCGCUGGUUUAAGGAGGAGCAGCUGCCUCGCCGAGCCGGCUUUGAGAGGAACACCAAAUCCAUCGCCCCCUGGUUCCACGGAAUUAUUAGCCGAGAAGAUGCAGAAGAUCUCCUUGAGAACAUGACAGAGGGAGCAUUUUUGGUCCGGGUCAGUGAGAAAAUCUGGGGUUAUACCCUCUCCUAUCGCCUGCAGAAAGGGUUCAAGCACUUUCUUGUGGAUGCCUCUGGAGAUUUUUACAGCUUCCUGGGAGUGGACCCCAAUCGCCAUGCGACGCUCACUGAUCUCAUUGAUUUCCACAAGGAGGAAAUUAUCACUGUUUCAGGGGGAGAGCUGCUGCAGGAACCCUGUGGACAGAGGGACAGCCCGCCAGACUACCAUCUGUUGUUUGAAUGAUUUUUUUCCCCCUUACCAAUUGGACUUCUUUGGGCAUCCAGUUUUUGAACUCAACUUAAGAAUUUCCCAGCUCAAAUCCUUCCUUAUGGCCUUCUGGAAUAUCCACCACCAUCCAGUGGAUUAAGUAGAUUAGUAUGCCUCAAGGGAUAUGAAAUAUAUGGCAUAUGUGCUAUCGGUCCCUGUCCCGAUGCCCAGGACAGAAAUUGCAAAUAGCUGCUGCAACUCUUUCACGAAGAGUUUAGUUAUGACUUCAGAAGAGAAGCCUAUCUGCCCUAAAUCGAGCUCCUAGAGCACACGGACCAUGUUUUAAUAAUCGAAAAUAAUUCCAGUGCCGAACUCUGAUUUUAACAUAUGGUAGACAUUCAAUAAAUAUUUGUUUGAAUGAAUGCAGUUCUUCUGAAAGUUUUCCAGCACUAAUCAGCAGUCAUUUCUAGUAAGUUAUUUCCUACCUGUUCUGUUUAUAAAGUCAUGGAGAGGAUAGAAGAAACGUUGCAAAGAAUUUAUAUGGAAAAUAUAGACGCUGCGUCUUUAAUGGUGUAUGUUAUUCCCCUCAUUGAUUUUAUCGUUGGAAUUACCCAAGGCUUCUGAGACCCAGCUUCCAGAAUAGGUGACGGAUACUGCCCUGCCUGCCUUAUUUGCCACCCCUGCUUGGUCUUGGAAGCUUAUCUUGACCCUGGUUUUAUAAUAUUGAGGCAGUGGUUUCAUGCACUCCCAAUAAAUGUGCCCAAAACCUGGGGUGAAUUAUAAAUCCAAAAAAGCCUUUGCUCUCUAGGAUUUACCCCUCUUUAUGCAUGUUAUUCAAAUGAUUACUUCUGCCUUUACGGUCCUUUGGACAUUGAUCCUUGUGUUCACUUACUCUGGCUAUGUUUUUCAUAUCGACAGGAUUCUUCCAGUGACCCCUGAAUAACUCUCAGGGGCAGUGUCUUUGCCCACACUCUGCCUUCACGUUUAUGGACAUAUGCGUAGAGACAGCAUGUUGUGAUGGGAAUAUUAUAGUGGCAUCAAGCAGACUUGCGUUCAACUCCCCACCCUGGACCUUACUAGUAUUGUAAUGCUAGAAGCCCCGUAUUUGGCGGGAGUGGGAGGAUGGAUGGACUUUGUGCCUUGUCGGUGGACGGGCAUACAUUACUUGAUGGUCACGUCACACAUAUCUUAUGUCACCUCUCACAUCAUGCGUCUCUUCCGUCACGUUAUCUCUUACGCUCCAUUUCCUCUCUUGCCUCUUCUACUCUUCACAUCCUUGGCUGCUUAUUAUGCCCUGGUCACCAUCACUGCAAUUAGUUCUGCGUGGACUCUGUUUUUUGCCACUGGGCCCAUCAGCUUCAUUUGAGAUGAGCCAACGCCACCUGGCCCCACGUGGGGCUCUGGGCCUCUCAUCCCCUAUGGCUGCAGACGCAGAAGACACCAGAAAACCAGCAGGAGCAGGGCAGUUAACUCCCCAUGCGGUGAAGCUUGCAUCAAUGGGAGACAGCAGCUUGAGGAUUAGUUCUUCUGUCUUCCUCCUCCGGCGGGGCUGUUUGGACUGGCAGCUCUUCCUAUGACCUCUGGGAAAGCAGUCCUGCAAGACUGAGCAACUAGUCCCGAUGGAACCAAGGAGCGGCCGGAUGAGGCCCACCCCCUCCUGUGUGGCCCCCCUCCUUCCCCGCCUCGCUCUCCUGCUCCCCCCCGGGAUGGCACUCUUGAGCUGAAUGACACCACAGAGGCAUUUGCCGCAGGCUCUGCCUCUUAGGGAAAGCCAGGGAAGGCCCCAUCGUACAGAUGUGUUCGAUAAUGUCAGCUUUGCAACCUGGUGCCCUUCUGCUAUCUCACAGGGCCCCUGAAUGAAUAAAACCAAGAGAAGGCAGGAAGCCGGCUUCCUGAAUAUGGAAGUGCUUUAAAACUAUUACCUAUUAUGGUUCGAUUUUCUUCUAUUAGACGUCGAGUGGCCUCAGACGAGCUGAAUUUUAGUUUUGGCCAUGCUAUUUACAAACUAUGUGACUUUGUUCAAGUCAGUUAACCCCAUGAAAGCUUCUCAGUAUACUGAGAAGAGAGCUUUUUGUGUGGCCGUCACUGGUUUUUUUGGAGGGUCAGUUACAUGAGCAGUAGGAAAGCUUCAUCUAAAUGGAAGGCAUUGCUAAUAACAACCCCACUAACAGCAACAAUUAUUCUGGGCUCAGCAGCGAUGUGUCAGGGGAACAUGGUGUUGAUUUUCAAGGUGUUAGAGGAAGCUUCUUAUUCCAAGAACUAGCAGCAGCUCUGAAAGCAGACCAAGGGUUGAGAACCUGAACCCCUGAGCUGUUGUUUCUGUCGCUCCUAAUUAAUAUGUGAGAGACAACAGCUGGGUUUUCCAUGCCUAACACAUUUAUUUCAUUCUGUUUGGGGCCUGCACUUUCUGCACAUCUCAUAUAUUUUAGGUUUUACCUGGCCUUAAAAUAAAUUCCUCGUAAGUUGUCCUGCAAAUGAAAUUACUGUCUGGAAAACUGCAAUUUCAUCUUGAGAGUUUUAUUAUGCUAAUAAAUGUCAGGAUUCUCAAAUAAAGGGAUUGGCUUU